UGAUGAUGAUGAUGAUGAUGAUGAUGAUGAUGAUGAUGAUGAUGAUGAUGAUGAUGAUGAUGAUGAUGAUGAUGAUGAUGAUGAUGAUGAUGAUGAUGAUGAUGAUGAUGAUGAUGAUGAUGAUGAUGAUGAUGAUGAUGAUGAUGAUGAUGAUGAUGAUGAUGAUGAUGAUGAUGAUGAUGAUGAUGAUGAUGAUGAUGAUGAUGAUGAUGAUGAUGAUGAUGAUGAUGAUGAUGAUGAUGAUGAUGAUGAUGAUGAUGAUGAUGAUGAUGAUGAUGAUGAUGAUGAUGAUGAUGAUGAUGAUGAUGAUGAUGAUGAUGAUGAUGAUGAUGAUGAUGAUGAUGAUGAUGAUGAUGAUGAUGAUGAUGAUGAUGAUGAUGAUGAUGAUGAUGAUGAUGAUGAUGAUGAUGAUGAUGAUGAUGAUGAUGAUGAUGAUGAUGAUGAUGAUGAUGAUGAUGAUGAUGAUGAUGAUGAUGAUGAUGAUGAUGAUGAUGAUGAUGAUGAUGAUGAUGAUGAUGAUGAUGAUGAUGAUGAUGAUGAUGAUGAUGAUGAUGAUGAUGAUGAUGAUGAUGAUGAUGAUGAUGAUGAUGAUGAUGAUGAUGAUGAUGAUGAUGAUGAUGAUGAUGAUGAUGAUGAUGAUGAUGAUGAUGAUGAUGAUGAUGAUGAUGAUGAUGAUGAUGAUGAUGAUGAUGAUGAUGAUGAUGAUGAUGAUGAUGAUGAUGAUGAUGAUGAUGAUGAUGAUGAUGAUGAUGAUGAUGAUGAUGAUGAUGAUGAUGAUGAUGAUGAUGAUGAUGAUGAUGAUGAUGAUGAUGAUGAUGAUGAUGAUGAUGAUGAUGAUGAUGAUGAUGAUGAUGAUGAUGAUGAUGAUGAUGAUGAUGAUGAUGAUGAUGAUGAUGAUGAUGAUGAUGAUGAUGAUGAUGAUGAUGAUGAUGAUGAUGAUGAUGAUGAUGAUGAUGAUGAUGAUGAUGAUGAUGAUGAUGAUGAUGAUGAUGAUGAUGAUGAUGAUGAUGAUGAUGAUGAUGAUGAUGAUGAUGAUGAUGAUGAUGAUGAUGAUGAUGAUGAUGAUGAUGAUGAUGAUGAUGAUGAUGAUGAUGAUGAUGAUGAUGAUGAUGAUGAUGAUGAUGAUGAUGAUGAUGAUGAUGAUGAUGAUGAUGAUGAUGAUGAUGAUGAUGAUGAUGAUGAUGAUGAUGAUGAUGAUGAUGAUGAUGAUGAUGAUGAUGAUGAUGAUGAUGAUGAUGAUGAUGAUGAUGAUGAUGAUGAUGAUGAUGAUGAUGAUGAUGAUGAUGAUGAUGAUGAUGAUGAUGAUGAUGAUGAUGAUGAUGAUGAUGAUGAUGAUGAUGAUGAUGAUGAUGAUGAUGAUGAUGAUGAUGAUGAUGAUGAUGAUGAUGAUGAUGAUGAUGAUGAUGAUGAUGAUGAUGAUGAUGAUGAUGAUGAUGAUGAUGAUGAUGAUGAUGAUGAUGAUGAUGAUGAUGAUGAUGAUGAUGAUGAUGAUGAUGAGAACUGAGAACUGGUGCGAAGCAGCGAGUAGAGGUUGCUCUGUGUAGCUGCAUCGUUCGUCGUUUUCGGACAUGAACUUUUUAUUUAUCGUUUCGCUCUUUGUACUUUGCCUCUGCAAAUUGUUUGUCUAGUAGCAUCUUGAAUUUAGCCACUGUGUUCGCUUCUACUAUAUGCUGAGGCAGGUCGUUCCAGACAUUCACCACUCUUCGUUCGAAACAGAGUUGAUGGGCGACCCGCUUCAAAUCCGGGACGAUAAGUUUAUACCGGUGUCCUCGCGUGCAGCUUGGUGUGCGCAGAUGAAGUAGUUGUCUCAACAUGGGGUAAUCACCCAGAUGUAAUAUUCGGUGCGUCAUGAUGAGGUCAACCCUCAGCCGACGAUAAGAUAGGGUGUAUAACCCUAGUUUCUUACAUCGGUCUUCGUAUUAAGUUGAUGAUGAUGAUGAUGAUGAU